AUGUUUAAAUUAAAUCCUAAAAAGGUACUUAUCAAAACACCUACUAUUUAUGAUUAUUAAGCUAAUUUACCUGUUGAAGUAAUUGUCCAAUGUAAAUCUAGACUAGAAAAGCAAUUGUAUUACAUGUAAUGAAUAAGAAUCCAAAACUUAAAAUUAAAGGAGGAACUUCAAUGACUAAUCCCUACAAAAUACCAUAUGAAUUAGCCAUUGCAGAUUAAAUUGAAUAAAUGGAAAAAUAUAAAAAUUCCAUUCUUUGGUCUCCUAGGAUGACUCCUAAAAAAUUCACUUUUGCUUUUAUUUAUCCUAUGGGAUUUGCCUUAGUCUUACUUUGGUAUAUUCAUAAUGUUGCCAUUCCAAGAAGAAUGGUAGAAAUGAAAAGAAAAUAUGGAUAUGUAUAUCCUGAAUUAGAAUCAAAGGGUUGGUUAGAUGGUUGGUGGGAUUAUGAAUAAGAAGAAACAGAAUAAAUAUUUGAUAUUAUUAAUAUGGAAUUUAAAAAAACAGAAGAUAAAGUUAGGAAUAAACAAUACACUGAUUUUACCAUUUCAGAUUUAUAAAAUUUUGGUAACAAACCAACAUAUGAAAAUUCUGGAUAAACUUAAAAUAUUAUGAAAUCUGGAAAAUAAAUCAUGUAAGUAAAGGAGAAAUAAAAAAUCUAAUCCUAAUUUGAAAAGAUUUUUGAGUUACAAACAAAACCAUCAUAAUGA